AUGGCGGGACAGGUGAUGCUGCCGCCCGGAGAGCCCUGCCGAGAGGGUGAGUUCCUGCCUCCACACUGGGGCCCCGACAUUUGGGUGGCAGAGAGACCGGGUUAUGUACUCUCUCUGAUCUGUCCAAACUCUUCCAAGGCUUGGUGUGAGAUCACGAAUGUGUCACAGCUGUUGGCUUCUCCUAUCCACUACAUGAAUCUAAAUUCCAGCAUUGCCAACUUGAGCAUUUCUGAAAAAGCAGAAAACAAAUACAGUAUUUAUGUGGGGUUGAUACUGGCAGUAAGUUCCAGUAUUUUUAUUGGCUCCAGCUUCAUAUUGAAAAAGAAGGGCCUCUUACAACUGGCCAAUAAGGGAGUUACCAGAGCUGGGCAGGGUGGACAUUCUUACCUCAAGGAAUGGCUUUGGUGGGCAGGAUUACUCUCAAUGGGAGCAGGAGAGGCUGCAAAUUUUGUGGCUUAUGCUUUUGCACCUGCCACUUUGGUCACUCCACUGGGCGCCCUGAGUGUCCUCAUAAGUGCAAUAUUGUCUUCCUAUUUUUUAAAUGAGCACUUGAAUAUUCAUGGGAAAAUAGGCUGCAUAUUAAGUAUAUUGGGGUCAACUGUGAUGGUUAUCCAUGCCCCUCAAGAAGAAGAAGUUGCUUCUUUGCAUGAAAUGGAAAUGAAAUUGAGAGACCCAGGAUUUAUAUCCUUUGCAGUCAUCAUAACUGUGAUCUCCUUGGUGCUGAUUUUGGUGGUGGCUCCCAAGAAAGGACAGACCAAUAUAUUGGUCUACAUUUCAAUCUGUUCAAUGAUUGGAGCGUUUUCAGUUUCUUCUGUUAAGGGCCUGGGAAUUGCCAUUAAGGAACUAUUAGAAUGGAAGCCCGUUUACAAGCAUCCCCUGGUCUUUGUUUUGCUGGUUGUACUUGUGCUUUCAGUGACUACACAGAUUAACUAUCUUAACAAGGCACUGGAUACCUUUAAUACAUCUCUUGUGACUCCCAUUUAUUAUGUGUUCUUCACGUCCAUGGUAGUGACUUGCUCUGCCAUCUUAUUCCAGGAGUGGUAUGGCAUGAAAGCUGCAGAUAUCAUCGGGACCUUGAGUGGGUUCUUGACCAUUAUCAAUGGAAUCUUUCUUCUACAUGCUUUUAAAAAUACUAACGUUACCUGGAAUCAGCUGACAUCCACUACUAAGGAAGAAGUCCCCUAUCUGAAUGGCAAUGAAGACAAAUAUGCUUUACUAGACAAUAUAGAGUGCUCAACCUUACUACACAAUGAUGAUAUUACCUUGUUUAGCAGGACUGAUGAUCCAAAUCUCUAG